UGAUGUAACUAACAUCCGCGAUCGUCAGUAUCUCUUUGGCUUUUCAUCACUCAAAUUUUAAAUAAUGGCAAGUUGGUACCAAAUUUUUACCGCCAUUUUAUUAGUGUGUUUUCAAACAAUCGCAGCAAACUCCGAAAUUAAGUAUGAACUGAAAGUAACCACCCCUGUAUACACCUACGAAACCAGCAUCCUCAACAAAGAAGUAAUAACCAGUGGAGAAAAGGCUUUUUCCAUCACAGUUCUCAGUGAUGUACCUGUUCUACGUAAAGGUAUGCUAGAAAUUACCCCCGAAACCUACUACUUUUGGUUAGAUGGACGCAAUCUAGAAAAAAUAGAACCUGGUACUUUCGAUAAUCAAAACAUAACUGAAGAGAUUCGUCUUGAGAGCAACAAACUAACUGUCGUCGCUUCUGGUACUUUCAAAAAUUUAAAAAUCAAAAAACUGGAUUUGGCGUACAACCAAAUCACACACGUUGAAGAAAACGCCAUCACCGAUUUGCCAAACCUGGUCGAGGUUCAUCUCUCUCGAAAUAAAAUUGUUAAAUUCCAUGAUAAUUCUUUCGUGAAUACUCCAAAUAUGUGGUCUCUUGACAUGUUUCAGAAUGAGUUGGGUGAAUUAGGUGAAAGGUGGUUCAGUUUUAUGACCAGAGAAAAACCGGUGAUUAUGGGGUUUGGGGACAAUAAUAUUGAAAAAAUACAUCCUAAAACGUUCGCUGGAAUCACCAUUUGGUAUCUGAAUUUAAGUGGUAACAAACUGAGUCAAGUUCCGGGAGAAAUUUUUACAGGAAGUCUGAUCGAUGUGACGCUGAACAACAACACAUUAGAAGAUCUACCGGAUUCUUUUUUCCAGCAGAAAAAUUUGACGCGGCUCGAUAUUAGUAAUAAUCCGCUCAAAUGUGGUACUGUGCAAAAAUUGAAGAAGCUUGCCGAAGAAAAUAGGACCUCUUUGAAAUAUAACAACCGGAAUUGUUAGGCAUUUAAGUUGUGGAUUGAAUAAAGUGUGUCAAAAAUU